GUUGCCGGAAGUAAAUCCCACUCCUGAGCGUGCAGGAGGUCGGCGUGUGAUUGUUUUUAUUCCCACGUGUCAGCGGAUUCAUUCAGUUCAAACAGACAGUUUAAAAGAUCCAGUUGAAUCGGAACCAACGAACAGCGAUGGGUAAAAAAGGGAAGAAGGAGAAGAAGGUGAAGGGAGCAGAGAAAACCGCAUCCAAGAUGGAGAAGAAGGUUUCGAAGAGAAGUAAACGAGAAGAGGAGGAUCUGGAGGCUCUUAUUGCUGAGUUUCAGAAUCUGGAUUCAAAGAAAACUCAGGUCGUGGAGACGACUUGUUCUCCUCCGUCACCGAGAUUGAGUGCGUCUCUCUCCGCUCAUCCUGAGAAAGAUGAACUCAUCCUGUUUGGAGGAGAAUUCUUCAAUGGAAAGAAGACGUAUCUGUACAAUGACCUGUUCUUCUACAACAUCAAGAAGAACACGUGGGUUAAAUCCGACAUCCCCAACCCUCCCCCACCGCGCUGCUCUCACCAGGCGGUGGUAGUUCCCCAGGGUGGGGGCCAGCUCUGGGUGUUUGGGGGCGAGUUUGGCUCUCCGAAUGGGGAACAGUUCUACCACUACAAGGACCUGUGGGUGCUGCAUCUGGCUACACACACCUGGGAGAACAUCAAGGCGCCUGGCGGUCCGCCGGGUCGCAGCGGACACCGGAUGGUCCUCAGUAAGAGACAGCUGCUGGUGUUUGGAGGUUUUCACGAGAGCACUAGGGAUUUUGUCUAUUACAACGACGUCCACUCGUUCUCCCUGGAAACCUUUUCCUGGUCACGCCUCACUCCAUCAGGCUCCGCCCCCUCCCCGCGCUCGGCCUGUCACAUGACUUCCACACCCGACGGCACAGGCGUCAUCAUCUACGGCGGAUACUCUAAAGUUAGAGUCAAGAAGGAUGUAGAGAAGGGAACCGUCCACUCUGACAUGUUCCUACUGAAGCGAGAGGGUAAAGAGGGCCAAGAGAAGUGGUCAUGGUCCAGGGUGAACCCCUCAGGUACCAAGCCUCAUCCUCGCUCUGGCUUCUCUCUGGCGGUGGGCCCUGCGGGACGGGCGGUGCUGUUUGGUGGGGUGUGCGAUGAGGAAGAGGAUGAGACGUUGGAGGGUGACUUCUACAACGACCUGCACCUGUAUGACACGGUGAAGAACCGCUGGUUCCCCGGCCUGCUCCGGGGAAACAAGACGGAAAAGAAGAAACGACGCAGGGGGAGGAAGGAAGGAGCAGAGGGGGAGGGAGGAGAGAUGGAGGGGGAGGUUGGGGAGGAGGCAGCGCCACAAGGACCCACUGAGGUCGUCAAGGAGAUCAUCACUGAGGACGGCACCGUGAUGACCAUCAAGGAAGUGAUCCCUGGAGCCCAGGGGGAGGAGGAGGAGGAUGAAAAAGACGAGGAGGAAGAUGAAGCCUCCGUUAACCUGGUGGAGCCCUGUCCGAGGUCCAGCGCCAUGGCAACGGUGCGUCAGGGCAAGCUCUUCCUGUUUGGAGGGAUGUUUGAGGUCGGGGACCGCCAGUUCACCCUGAACGACUUCUACUCCCUGGACCUCCACAAGAUGGACCAGUGGGAGACUCUGGUUGAGAUGGAUCCGAAGACGCAGGAGUGGCUGGAAGAGUCUGAGUCAGAGGACGAUGAGGAGGAGGAGGAGGAGGGGGGGGAGGAGCUGAAAGGAGCUGAAGGGGAGGAAGACGAGGUAGAGUCCGAAGGGGAAAGUGAGGAUGAGGAAGAUGAGGAAGAGCACCCAGCCGUGCAGGAGGGGGAGACGGUGACUGACUAUCAGAUGCGUACAGAGCAGUACUGGACGGGACUGGCACGAACGAACAUGGGCCCCGACGUCAAGGACAAAAAGGUCGCAAAGGUCGCCCUCGCCAUGGCUAAAGUCUUUUAUGAAGACCAAUAGUGGAAUACACCAAACUGUUCUGAGUGUGUGUGUGUGUGUGUGUGUGUGUGUGUGUGU